AUGACCCGUUAUAAUCUUGUCAUAUGUAGUCCAAUAUUGGCGUAUAGAUUCCGAAAAGCCAUUACCACGUAUUGGAAAAAUAAAUCUUCCUCACACCACGUUAAAUCGACUAAUGCUGCUUCUAAUGAACCUAUAGUACUUGAUAAUAUCAACCAAAAUCAGCCUACAGUUGAUAGUUCAUCUAAUAAGACCUUUGACAGUAGUGCUAGUAAUGAUAAUUCUAUAUUAUCAUCACUAAACGCACAAUUGAAAACAGAAACUGUCAAUUUACAUCUUAAUACAACAAGACAAUUUCUCCAUCUUGUCCAGAAAGAGCGUACAAAAAUGGAAGCAAGUAGCCUUCUGGCCGAGAGUUUAGGUAAAGGCCCAUGCUUUUGGCUUCAAAUAAAUCAGUAUUUAGAGAAAAAUAAAUUUAAAUUAGCCAUUCCAAAUUUUAUAAGAUACGUUAGUAGUAUUAUGCCUACUUUUGGAAUUACAAGUAAAAUUAUUAGUAGGUCAACUGUACGCAGAUGGCUAAAAUUACUUGGGUGGAAAUACCAAACCUAUACAAAAAAAAUUUAUUUUAACGGUCACGAACAUGAAGAUGUGGUAGAAGACAGAAAUCAUUUUCUGCAAGAGAUGACUAGGUUAAGAAAACAAAUGGCCCAAUAUGUAGGUGAAAAUUUAGACUGUAUUAUCCCUUCGGAACUUUAUCCUGAAAUAGUUCCUGUCACCCAAGACGAGACCACUCUUUACACAAAUGAUAUUGUGAAGGAGUAUUGGGGCCCGGCGGGUGAAUAUAGCCUAUGGAAAAAAUCACUAGGUCAAAGUAUUCACAUUAGUGAUUUUUUCUGUGAAUCUAUCGGAUGUCUCAAACUUUCAGAACAUGAAAGUUAUAUAAAUGACUUACUUCCUGAUUACAUGCGUCUUAAAUAUACCCAUGCGUGUGUUGCUAUCUAUCCGGGUAUAAAUCAUGAUGGUUGGUGGUCAGGUGAUGACUUAGUUGAUUAG